UGAUUGUUCCCAUUGGCUUCUCACUGUAUGGCGCCCUCUUCCGGUAGACUCUGGCGCGUGCGCGGCGGCGGUUGGACACGUUCAACUUCCGGUGGCUGUCAGAUGCCUGAGCGUCGGUGUUGGGGAUGCACCCGUCUCUCCCGUCAGCUGCGGUCAGAGAGCUGGUUUGCUCCUGUCUGCAUCGAGACCCUGUAGCGGCGGAUCUGCGCUGCAGCCUCUUCGUAGCUGCCGUCCAGAGCUACAGACGCGAUUCAGUGCUCAGACCCUUCCCUCCUCGCUACCUUACAGGAGAGGUCAAGGAUUUUGAGGAGCUGCUAAAGGAUGUGGAUACUUUGCCAAACGUGAGAGAUCUUGUGCGUCUGGGACAUGGUGAUGGAGAUCAUCAUCUGGCUCUUGUGCACUGGGUUCUGUCCUCCAAGAGUUUUGCUGUAAAGACCCUGCAGAAAGAGGAGUUUGCCAGACUCAGCAAGCUGACUCAAAGCGAGGGCGUUUCGGCUCCGGCUCCAGACUUCCUCUUCGAACUGCAGUACUGUGAUUUGCUCAACUCCAAGUUCGAGCGGACGCGGGCCGGACGAGAGCUCAUCUAUGGAUUCCACGGCAGCAGACUGGAGAACUUCCACUCCAUCAUACACAACGGAUUACACUGCCAUCUUAAUAAGACCUCACUGUUUGGGGAGGGCACAUACCUGACCAGUGACCUCAGCAUGGCCAUCCUUUACAGUCCUCAUGGUAACGGAUGGAGGGAAAGUGUUCUCGGGUCUUUGAUCAGCUGCGUUGCCUUGUGUGAAAUCAUCGAUCAUCCCGAUGUGAAGUGUCAGGUGAAGAAGAAAGACUCUGAGAGCGUUGACCAUAAGCGUCUGAGGGCCAGGAACAGUGAAGGAGGCGAGGUGCCUGAGAAAUACUUUGUGGUGACCAACAACGAGCUUCUGAGAGUGAAGUACCUGCUGGUGUAUUCUCAGAGACGCUACCAAUCACGACACGCUGAAGGGACGUCGUGGCUCUUCAGACAUCAUUUCGCCGUCAUGAUGGGCCUGUAUAUCCUGCUCCUCAUAUUCAUCGGUGCCUUCAACUCGUCUGCUUUUCAGUCGUUCUGGUACAGAAUGUUCCGGUGACCCUGACCGCACACAUCACAUAAUAUCCAAAGUGCCUUUAACUCACGAAAGAGGGAAGAAAUUGACUCAGGAACGAUUUUCUUUAACUCAACAUGACAUUCCUUGGUUUUUACAUGCUAUUUUCUUCAGAUUCAGAAUGAGCACUAAUGUUAGCAGAUGCAGCCGAGCACCAAGAAUGUUUCAUGUUAGCAUGUAGCCUGUUUUUUCUUUUUUCAAAUGAUGGGUUCACUAUAUUAGUUACAAACAAAUGAUCAGAAAAAGUGCUGUUUUUACCUGCCUUUUCAACGUAGACAUUGGUAAAAUUGCUGCUUAUAUUACAAAUAAUCAUGUAGGGAGAUAUGUGUGCUUUUCUAGUAGAUAUAUUUUAGUUUUGGAGCACGUUCACACAUUCUUAGACCACUGUACUAUGUCUAGAUUAAGUCAUGCUGUGGUGGUCAAUAUCAUUAAAACUAAUGACAAUUAGUCUUGAUAUUGCAUAAAUGUCUCUAACUUGAAUAAAUCCAGAGGAUCCGAAUUGUGAAAUUAUUUAAAUAAAUAAAUACAACAA